AUGGCCGAUCUCAGCACUACUACGCUAAAUGAUCGAGUUACGAGACUUAAUCAAGCUGUUAGAGAUCUCCAAGACUCAUCAAGUGAAACGCCCGAUGAAUCGUUAAUCGAACUCAUGAGACAGAUUGAAGAAAUGGCGCGCGAGAUUGUUCGAAGAGUUGCCCAAAUAGAGAGAGAAUUGGCUCUAAUAUCAGCAAUCAGAGCUCUGGAGAACUUGCGCAAUCUCGUCAGAGAAGCUAGGGAAUGA